AUGAUCCUCUCCCUUCUCCACCUCCGUCUCUCUAUCUCUGUCUCUCCAUCUCCGUCUCUCUUUCUCCGUCUCUCCACCUCCGUCUCUCCACCUCCGUCUCUCCACCUCCGUCUCUCUAUCUCCGUCUCUCUAUCUCCGUCUCUCCACCUCCGUCUCUCUAUCUCCGUCUCUCUAUCUCCGUCUCUCUAUCUCCGUCUCUCUUUCUCCGUCUCUCCACCUCCGUCUCUCUAUCUCCGUCUCUCCACCUCCGUCUCUCUAUCUCUGUCUCUCCAUCUCCGUCUCUCUUUCUCCGUCUCUCCACCUCCGUCUCUCUACCUCCGUCUCUCCACCUCUGUCUCUCUAUCUCUGUCUCUCCACCUCCGUCUCUCCACCUCCGUCUCUCCACCUCCGUCUCUCCACCUCCGUCUCUCCAUCUCUAACAUCAUCGUCUCACCUCAAACCCGACUCGAGCGGCGUGUAGCCAUUACCGCCUUAACAGAUCUGCGCCCGCUUCGCUAA